AUGGCGAUGAGCACGGUUUCCGACGCGGUAAAGUGUAGAAUGUUUACUUCCACACUCCGAGGAGCAACUAUGGAUUGGUUUGUGGCUAUGCCUCAAGGAUCCUUAGCCAAGUUCCGCGACUUCACACCAAAAUUCCUUGACCAUUUCUCCACGAGAACAAUCGAAGAUCUGUUUGACAUGCGGCAGCAGGAGCGUGAAACCUUGGAACAAUAUAUGAAACGGUACAGUGCUGCAUCCACAAGGUUUGAGGAACUGGAGCCACGCAUAUGCGUGUGUGCUUUCAAAGGAGGUUUAUCCCGGGGAAAGUUUAGCCGCGAACUAAGUAGGGAGCUGGCAUGCUCAGUGACAGAAGUCCGCGCCCGAGCGCAAGACUACAUCCUAGAAGAAGAAAUUGAAGCACACAAAAGGAAGCAAGAGAGGGCGGCGAACGUGGCGCUGACGAGGAAACGGGUAUAG